GAGGGAGCGAGAGUAAAUGGAGAUAGAAGUAGAGAGUAGAGAGAGAGAGAGAGAAGUAGAGAGGGAGCGAGAGUAGAGAGAGAUAGAAGUAGAGAAGGAGAGAGAGUAGAGAAACAGAGCCCUGGUCACGUGGUAAAAACCCCUACGCCAUCAGUGAGCGCAUUGAUGCCCAGAAAAGUUGAAACUGAUGCUGUUUACUUAUUUAGUUUACUCUGCUGAUGCUGAGCGGCUCUUCGGCUCCUAGACGUGGAGAGAUGGACUUAGGUGGUGAGGGUCUGGCUGAAUGAAGAAUCUGCCGUCCGCCCCCUUUUUAAACGCCCCUUUACCACGUGACAGCCCGCGGGGCUUAGCCCUUGCCGCCCUGCGGCCGGAACAGGUUCAUCAUUUAGUUCAAUAUGCCUGGACUGCUCCUCGGAGAUGUCUUCCCCGAUUUUGAAGCAGAGACCACCGCCGGCAUUAUCAAAUUGCACGAAUUUCUGGGAGAUUCAUGGGGAAUCCUGUUCUCUCAUCCCAGAGAUUUCACCCCCGUGUGCACCACAGAGCUAGGCCGAGCAGCCAGGCUCUGCAGCAAGUUCAGUAAACGUAAUGUGAAGAUGAUCGCCCUGUCCAUCGAUUGCCUUGAGGAUCACCAUGCCUGGUCCAGGGACAUCCUGGCGUACAACGGUGAAGAGUCUGUUAACUGCCCGCUGCCUUUCCCCAUCAUAGCGGACAGCAAACGAGAGCUGGCAGUAGCCCUGGGCAUGCUGGACCCAGACGAGAGAGAUAAGGAUGGCAUGCCCCUGACAGCCCGUUGCGUUUUUAUCAUCGGCCCAGAUAAGAGGCUGAAACUGUCGUUGCUCUACCCCGCCACCACCGGGCGAAAUUUCAGCGAGAUCCUGCGUGUGGUGGACUCUCUGCAGCUUACGGCAAACAAACAGCUGGCCACCCCCGCCGACUGGCAGCCUGGAGACAGUGUGAUGGUUCCUCCCAACACGUCUGAAGAGGAGGCCGCCUCCCUUUUCCACGCUGGCGUCUACACCAAAUUACUGCCCUCUGGGAAGAAGUACAUGCGCUACACACCUCAGCCAUGAGCCCCGGCUGCCCGGCAUAAACACCGCUCAUACUCAACACUCAAUGAGGCAAUUCUUUUUCUCACUUGGCUGUAACUUAACAAAUAUAGUCUGAUUUUGUAAUCCAAGAAUUCUUGUAAAAAAAAAAAGGAAAAGUGCAAAAAAGGGAAGAGCAAAAAGGGAACAGGAAGUUCUUCCUGUUUUCUAGUUGAAAGUGUGUGGUAAGAUAGAUGAAGCAUUGUAACAUUAAAAAAAAAGUGGUUUAUCAUAUGUGGCAUACAUAUAUAUAUAGGAAAUGUUCUAUUUUUGUGUCUUUUAAGAAAUAAUAAUCCAGGAUGAAAUUGGUGAUAUAUUUUCUCUGGACCAAUCUUAUGUUAGACCAUAGCUAGAGACUAGAAAAGAGGAAGGGUCUCCAUCCCCGCUACGGUGUCGCCUUUAGAGAGUACUAAUGGCAGCAACGCUAUUGCUAUUGACUCAGGGAUGUAGAAGGAUGUCCUGAAAAGGCUGUCACUUUGUACCACAACCUCAGUUAAUUUUGUAUCCUCUUGUUAAAAACAUUAUUAAUUGGGUUGUACUGUCAUAUGAUAUUAAUAACUUUGCAUUGUCCCCACUAAAGGCCUAAAAACACUUUUCUUCACCCUCAAGUCUGGGCUGAAUGGUCUCUGUACUCCAAAGGUGGAGUGUCUUACGUAGCCUAUAUGAAGCCUCAUCCGAUGGUGUCUUGUGUUAAACCAGAAUGACUAAAAGAAAUGUAA